AUGGCGCGGAACAAUAAACUGAAGGCAUUUUGGACAAAGUACAAACUCACAGCCCGCCUGAAGCCUCUUAUAGUUGUUUGUCUGGUUGUCCUGUUUGUGACGCCACUGAGAAACUUUUUACUGCCCUGGUGGCCUCACAUACUGAAACAGCUGAGCACUUUAAAGGUUAUACAAAUCCACCUGGUUGAUCUGUUCUACUAUGUUGAUCGAAGCCCAUAUAAAGGGUCAUGUGAGUUUGUUCAUUCGCAUCUGGCAUCGGUGAAGAUGCCGAAGCUGAAAGACAUGCCAGUGUAUGACAUGAAUGACUGGAUCCAGCAGGUGGUUAAAAUCAAACCCAACCUGGAUGAUGGUUCGCUGUUGAUCCUGGACAACUACAAACCGUCCUUGUCAAUCAAGGAACAGCGGGAGUUGCUGUUCACCAUGCUGUCGGUCACUCAAGCUCUGGCAGCUUUCAACAUCACGUAUUUUAUUUCCGAGGGUACGCUGAUCGGGUACUGGCGACACCAUGGCUUGAUUCCCUGGGAUGAUGAUGCUGACAUUUUGUUUGACAGUGACAAGUGGCCGCUGGCUAAGCAGGUGUUGUCUUGUUUACCUGACCUGGGCUUAUACAUGGGAUCUGAUUACAUGUGGAAGGUCUUUCACAAAGAGGCAGACAACUGGCUCGGAGAGCAGCAGAUUCGAUUUCCAUAUGUUGACCUCUUUAUGUACAAACAUGAUAAUUAUCAUCUCUGGCCAGUGUGCAUUUGGAUGAAGACUGAAAUCAUAGUGCCCUUAGACUGGGCUCUUCCGGUUGCUGCGGGGGUCUUUGAAGGCUAUCCGGUAUCCAUUCCCAGAAAAACUGUGGAAGUUUUAGACCUAAAGUUUGGUCGUGUUGACUCUGAUUGCUAUUCUCGCACGUUUUCACGCCGUGAGCGUCAGAUGCUACCAGUGGAAGAGAGAACGCACAUGCCAUGUUCUGUACUCAAGCCGAUCUAUCCGUUUGUUGCCAGGAACAGGGUGGAUAAGGUCAGGGGUACAGUGAUUGAAGAAAGAAUUCUCGGCUCAACUGUUUUAUCCACAUUUAACACAACCUAUUACGGAACACUGGAAUAA